CCCUCGCUUCAAGGAAAGUGCCCCGGGGUUUGUACGAACAGAACAUUUUAAACCGACCAAGCUCUCUUUUUCUAUAACAGUUAGCCCAUUGAUUAGUGGAUGAGCGUGACUGGAAGAACUCAACGCUGUUCGGUGAGGAAUUUGCGACGGUGUGGACGAAUGUUCGGAGGUGAGCUGACUGUUCAAAGAGUCACGGGACCAGCUGAUUUGAUCCGUCAGGACUGAAAUCAAACCUGAGCCAUGAAGUCUGACAUCAAUUAUGACCCGUUGUUGGACCUGGAGAUGAGGAGGCAGGAGUCCCACAGAAAGGCACAGAUGUACUCUCGCAGUGUGCUGGCUCUGGCAGUCGUCAGCACCCUUCUGCUUGGUGUCACCGCUCUCAUCAAUCUCCUGACACCAGACGUGCCACCAGCGUGUCCGACCCAGAGCAGCAGCUUCAGGCUGCCUCAGAGCGAGUCCUGCACGGACCCCUGCAGGAUCUCACUGGUAGAAAGCAUCCCGGAGGGUCUGGAGUUCAACUCCAGCGUCAGUCAUCCUGCCAUCUACCAGGCCUGGAUGGACCUGAUGAGCCAAGCUCACAACAGUGUGGACAUCGCUUCCUUCUACUGGACCCUUACCAACAAGGACACUGGCACUGAUGAACCCACCGCCGCUCAGGGAGAGGCCGUCCUCAAGAACCUUGUUGACAUCUCUGGAAAGUUGUCUGUCCGCAUCGCUGUGAGCAAGCCAUCGGCGGGUAAAGGACAAGAGGACUUGAAGCGGCUCAGAGAUUCAGGAGCUCAAAUCAUGACGGUGAACAUGAAGGAGCUCACCACUGGAGUCCUGCACACCAAGUUCUGGGUGGUGGACAAGAAGCACAUCUACAUCGGAAGUGCCAAUAUGGACUGGAGGUCCCUGACUCAGGUGAAGGAGCUGGGUGCAGUGGUCUACGACUGUAGCUGCCUGGCGACAGACCUGGAGAAGAUCUUCGAAGCCUACUGGUACCUGGGAGAGAGCGGCUCCAUCCCGUCCCCAUGGCCCAGCAGUUUCUCCACGCUCUACAACAAAGACACGCCGCUCCAGCUGCAGCUUAACAACACGCUGUCCAGCGUCUACCUGUCGAGCUCACCGCCAUCCUUCUGUGCAACCGGCCGGACAUCCGACCUUCAGUCUGUGCUCAGUGUCAUUGGAGAUGCUGAGAGCUUCAUUUACAUUGCCGUGAUGAAUUACCUGCCCACCAUGGAGUUCUCCUAUCCUAAAAAGUACUGGGCUGACAUUGACACACAGCUGCGACGAAUGGCGUACGAGCACCGGAUCAAAGUUCGUCUGCUGAUCAGCUGCUGGGGCAGCACUCAGCCGGUCAUGUUCCCCUUCCUGAAGUCUCUGGCCUCUCUUCAAGAUGUGAAGAGCAAACUGGACAUCCAAGUGAGACUCUUUGUGGUUCCCAGCAACCCAAAGCAGAAGGAGAUUCCCUUCGCCAGGGUCAACCACAACAAGUACAUGGUGACCGACAAGGUCGCCUACAUAGGAACGUCCAACUGGUCCGGGGACUACUUCAUCAACACGGCAGGUUCAGCUUUGGUCGUCAACCAGACCGGGUCACAAUCGGCACAGCCGACUGUCCAGGCCCAACUCAGAGACGUUUUUGAGAGGGACUGGACCUCUGCCUACAGCUCUCCUCUGACCCAGGACACCAACAUCAAAGACUUGUGCUAGGAUUCUCUACCACGCACCAUCAGAUCCCUGAUCCCGUUCUGCACCUUUUAAUUCAACUCGAGGCUUUCCUCAACAAGGUGAACGACGUGACUCGAUGACUCUAGAAGAAAGACAGUUCUCAAACCGCACUGGAGGGUGAAGCCCCCGGAAUCACUGCAGUUGGAGGUCCAGACCACAUAGGUAGCUUUUCAAGUCUCAAUCAGCCACCAGCUCUAUCAAGAGUGUUUUGAACACGAGCCACAGCAGCAGAGGAAUCUGGUACAUCCAGCUAGGAACACUAGGAGGCGCUGCUCAGCCUCACACUCAGGUGAGAGUCAGACAAAGGCACCGUGUUUGGGCUGGAGGCCUCAUGAAACUCAAAAGUCUGAACUGCUUUUUUACUUUAUCACUGUUUUUAACGAUCAGCGCUCAUCUCAGGGAAGACAGGUUCUGGGGCUGGAAACCUCUUAUUUAAUCCACAAUCUCGGACCAAUGAGGGAUGAACUCCGAGCAGCUGAGAAUUUUUGCUCAAAUAAACUU